AUGAACCACGACCCCUUCAACAUCCGCCGCAAGUCCCCCGCCGCCAACGCCGCUUCCCUCUUCCGUCCCGCUGGAAUCGCAGGAACAGGUAGCAGCUCCUUCCUUCAACACCAGCAGCAACCAACCCAUGCAUCGGCAAGCACGAUGAACCCGACCAAUCACAACCAUUCAUAUGGACUGCCCGGCGCAGAACUGCACGAUCGAUCAUCAUCAUCAUCUCGCUUUAACGCCCACGAUAGCGACCACGCGGGAAUCGGCGAGAAGGUCAGCAAUAUGUUUACCUCGGAUCGGAGCCAGCAAUUGCCCAUGUACAAAGACAAACCCUACAGUUAUGCGGGAGGAAAGACGGGAGCGAGGUGGAUGCGCAGGAAAAGGACGUUUGCGGGGGUUUUGGGGGGGAUGGCGGUGUUGAGUUGGUGGUUUGGCAUCUUGUCGCCUUUGAGCUGGAUAUCAAGUGGUGGGGGAAAUACCAAGAGCACAUCGUCAUCCUCAUCCUCAUCACCCACCGCAACAUGGAAUCUGUUUGGGAAGGGAAGUGAAGGGGCGGAUUGGGCAUCCAGAGCGGAAAAGGUCAAAGAUGUGUUCAAGAUUUCCUUUGCCGGGUAUGAGAAAUAUGGGUGGGGAUAUGACGAAUACCAUCCCGUCAGCCAUACGGGGAAACAUAUGGUUCCCGGGGGGAUGGGAUGGAUUAUUGUGGAUGCCUUGGACACGAUGAUGUUGAUGAACCUCAGCACCGAACUCACCCAUGCUCGCCAAUGGAUCCACUCCAAUCUGACCUACGACAUCGACCACGACGUCAACACUUUUGAGACGACCAUCCGCAUGCUGGGAGGUCUGUUAUCCGCUCACUAUCUCAGCGUCGCCUUCCCGGAACAAUAUGCACCCGUGGAGGAUGGACUCAGCGAUGACAUGUACAUUGAAAAGGCGGUGGAUCUGGCCGACCGUUUGUUGGGAGCCUACGAUACCGCGUCAGGUGUUCCUCUCGCAAGUGUCAACCUCCACACCUCCAAGGGAAUCCCCUCGCACGCCGAUGGCGGUGCUUCCUCGACCGCCGAAGCAACAACCCUCCAACUGGAAAUGAAAUAUCUCGCCAAGUUGACGGGGGAAUUGCAUUACUGGCAACACGCCGAACACGUCAUGCAAACCAUCGACUCCAACCACGCGGAAGACGGUCUCGUCCCCAUCUUCAUCAAUCCCGACAAGGGCACCUUUCGAGGAAACAACAUCCGCCUGGGAAGUCGCGGAGAUUCUUACUAUGAAUAUCUCAUCAAGCAAUACCUACAAACCAAACAACAAGAACCCAUCUAUCAAUCCCUAUGGAAUGAAUCCCUGUCAGGCGUGAAGAAGAAUCUCCUCACCUACUCAUACCCGUCCAACUUCACCGUUCUAGCGGAAAGGCCUUCGGGACUGGGAGGCGCUCUGUCCCCCAAAAUGGACCAUCUGGUAUGCUUCAUGCCGGGAACCAUUGCUCUGGCCACGACCAACGGAAUGAGUCUGCAAGACGYCAGGAAGAAGAUUCCCGGCUGGGGACCAGCUCAGGAAGAAGAUAUGCGUCUCGCGGCCGAAUUGACCAAGACGUGCAUGGGAAUGUACUUUGUCACCGAAACCGGUCUGGCGCCCGAGAUUGCCCAUUUCCAACUCCACGAACCUCCACUCAUGUACAAGGAUUUGACCGAGGACACCCGACCGGCCAGUCCACCCGGGUUUGAAAAGUGUCUGGAUAAAGCGUGCAAGGUGAAGGAGGUGGUCGGCAAGGAAGAUUAUGUCAUUAAAAGUGGAGAUGUGCAUAAUCUUCAGAGACCGGAGACGGUGGAGAGUUUGUUUUACAUGUGGAGGAUUACGGGCGACGAGGUCUAUCGUCAAGCCGGGUGGGAGAUGUUUACAAGUUUUGUCAAGUGGACGGCGGUGGAUGACGGGGAGGGAUUCAGUAGUGUGGCGAAUGUGGAGAAGAUUGUGGAUGGGAAGGUGGUGUUGAGGGAUAAUAUGGAGAGUUUUUGGCUGGCCGAAACUUUGAAAUACUUCUUCCUGCUCUUCUCCGACAAAGGAAUUUUGCCUUUGGAGGACGUGGUCUUCAAUACGGAAGCUCAUCCCUUUCCGAAAUUCGAAAUGGGAAAGUUAUUCAAGACGGGUUGGGAGAGGGGCAAGGUGGCGAGAAUUCCUACUAGUGGUAAGGUUAGGGUUGAGGAGGAGGGAGAAGGAGUUCAAUCGACUGUGGUGGUUACCGCUACGGUUAAGGAGGGGGAGAGUGCCGAGGCUACUAAAGUUGUUGGUGGUGGGGAGGGCAUUGUGGAUGGGAUGAAGGUGCAGGUUGCGUAG